AUGGCGCUAUGCAUGUGGCGGGCGUGCGGUCUUCAGUGCAGGCUGACCAGGUUCUUGACACCUCAUCAGCGUCGAAGCCUUCAUUCCAAUGGACGGAGAUUUCAAGCCGCAUCUCUUGCUCUGGGUGUCAAGAUCAGACCUCUGUAUGUGCUUCUGGGAACAAGUGGAAGUUAUGCUGGCUACAGACAGUAUGAAAGUCAUAAAGUUCAUAGAUUGGAGAAGCUUGGAAUUGAGGUUCCCCACAAGUAGCUCACACCUGGGAGGUAG